AUGCGUGUGACUGUUAUAUCAGAUAUUAUUUGUACUAUUGCAUCAUUUAUUGGCUAUAUCCAAGUUGCAAGUCGUCAGUUAGAUUAUUAUGGUGGUACGAUGAUGUGCCGUGUAUCGUUAUAUUUCACCUUUACAUCUUAUGGUAUAUCUAUGAUGAAUUUAUGCUUGAUUGGAAUUGAUCGCUACUAUAGUAUGAAACCAUUUUCUAAUGUCUAUGGACGUAAUAAAAACCGUAUCUUGAUCUUUGGAGAAGUUGCUAUUGCUAUAUCGUCAGCAUCAGUGACCGCACCCGUGAUCGUUUUUGUUCGAGUCCAUCAUAAUGAUACAUUGCAAUGUGAUAUUCCAGAAAUAACUCCAUCGAUUUCGGCCUAUUUAAUUGCAUUUACUAUUAUAGAAUUUUUUCUGCCUGCAAUACUGAUUAUCGUUAUCUACUGGAAAAUUAUUAAACUUCAAAAGAGUUACAUUACACCCAAGGAUGCCUUUUCUGUCGAGCGCGAAGAAGACUCGUUGAGAAAGAAGCGAUUUAUUAAAAUGUUACUAAGUAUUUCUGUAUCUUAUAUCUUGAUCAGCUGGCCAUUCUUUGCAUCAAUGGUCGGUUUAGCUAUUACUCGUCAAUCAUUCAUGGAUGUACGUAUGAACAACAUAGGUUAUUUUUUGCUUUUGUUUUUCUCUUUAGCAGUAACUACAAGUACGGUUAUCUUAAAUCCUUUCAUCUAUUUAAAGUUUGAUAAAAGAAUACGAUAUGGAUCAGUUAAAUUGAUUAAGCGUUUAAUACCCUAUCAGUGCACAAGGCAAAUUGAUAUCAAUAAUUUCAAUUCAGCUAUCAGUAAUUCAUAUCCUUUAAAAGUUGAACAUUCGAUCUAUCUAAGUAACUUAAUUAAUUCCCGAACUAGCCAAAAUAAAUGUUAA